GGCUCGGUCUUCUCGAGGUCGCAACGCACCGAAGCCCCGUUCGCAACGCCUGACUCCAUAUUUGGUGGCUGCACCGCCCCAUGACAAGAAAUCCUCAUUAGAUACUGCUUUGCUGCUGCUCUCGACCCUCAUCAUCCAUGGAAACAUUGUGUUGUGCAUGCCAUGGAAGCAACAGCAGAAGCAGCGGCAUUCUCUCCCCUACUAACCUUUUCCCUCUGCCGCUCUCUCCCUCUCUUCUUUCCUGCUCUGUAUACUAGCCUUGCAUGCCCGCGCUAGGCACCCUUCGCUGCUACCCGCAUCCUGUCCCCACUCAGAGAGAUCUGCUUUGUCUUUCUCCUCUCCUCUUCGCUCUUCUCCUGAGGAGCCCGGUGACCUGUCUCUCUCUGUCUUACUCUGUAUCUUCCUUUCUCCAGUUCAAGAUUUCUUUGGUGUGCGCUGAUCCUUCUCGGUGAGCUCUGGAAUCCGGUUUGGGGUGGUAGAGUCGUGAUCAUGGGCCCCGUUAGAGGGUUCAAGAAGAGGAAGAGGGGGAAGACAAACGUAGCGGCCUCCGCGUCGACGGCGGCGGGGCAGGGUGGCGAUGAUUGGUGGGUUGACUUCUCAAGAAGGAUUACAGGACACUUAUCUGAAGAACCAAGAAAAUUUGAGUCGGUUUUCAAGAUAUCAAGGAAAACAUUCGACUACAUAUGCUCAUUGGUCAGGGAUGACUUGAUGGGAAAAACAUCAAAUUUUGCUUUUGCGGAUGGCAAAUUUCUGUCUGUAGAAGAUCAAGUUGCUGUUGCUUUGAGAAGAUUAAGCUCUGGUGAGUCACUAUUGAAUGUUGGAGUAUCAUUUGGGAUGAACCAGUCAACUGUCGCCCAAGUGACAUGGCGGUUUGUGGAAGCUAUGGAAGAGAGAGCUCUCCACCAUCUCAAAUGGCCAACCACUCAAGAGAUGAAAGACAUUAAGUCCAAGUUUGAAAAGAUCUGGGGUUUGCCAAACUGUUGUGGUGUCAUUGAUGCAACCCACAUUAUGAUGUGCCUAUCUACAGUAGACUCUUCCAGUAAAAUAUGGGUUGACCAUGAGAAUAACCACAGCAUGGUGUUGCAGGCUAUCAUUGACCCUGAUAUGAGGUUCCGAGAUAUAGUCACCGGCUGGCCCGGGAGCAUGAAUGAGUUGCCAGUGUUACGCAGCUCAGGCUUCUUUAAAAUGUGUGAGAAAGGCGCAAGGCUGGAUGGAGACACGGUGGAGAUUCCCAAAGGUUUAGAAUUGAGGGAAUACAUAAUUGGAGACUCAGACUUCCCCCUUCUUCCAUGGCUUCUCACUCCCUACCAGGGGAAGGAUCUUUCGGAUGCGAAAACCGAGUUCAAUAAAAGACUUUCUGCGGCCGGGGUGGUGGCACAGAGGGCAUUGGCAAGGCUGAAGGCUAUGUGGAAGAUCAUUCAGGGGGUGAUGUGGAGACCUGACAAACAUAGACUGCCAAGAAUAAUUCUCGUCUGCUGCUUGCUGCAGAACAUAAUAAUCGACUUGGAUGAUGAAGUGAGACAUGAGAUGCCCUGGUCUCAUGAACAUGACACAAGUUACAAGCAGCAACUCUGCGACAUGGCCGACGAUAAUGGAGUCACACUGCGAGAUCAAUUGUCCCAGUAUCUGUCUUGUAGAUUGCCACCUUGAGGUGAUCGUUGAACUGCUUUCUUUCUCUCUGACCGUAUGCCCAACAAAGGGUAUUGAUAGACGUCUAUCGAACAGCGUUUGUUUUUCUUUCAUCGGAUUCGAUGGCCAAGAGGCAGUUUGUUUGUGUGUGUCAAGUAUAUUGCCUCUUCCAAAUGAGACUUCCGGGAUGAGCUAGAGAUCUCCAUUUGCAGACCGACAAGAAGGGAACAGCCCUUAAGUUUUGUAGGAGGGUAUGCUGAACCUAAGAUCGAUUGGCAAUUAGCAGGGAACAGUUCUCAGUCCUAUUCACAGUUGACAGAAAACCUAAGAGCAACUCUACAUUUGCCGAAAAGAAAGACUCAUUACAUUAGUUUCUAUUUCUGUGAAAUCCUAAUGCAUUCAGUCUCUGUUUCUUGACGAUUAUGAUGACAAUCUGCAGGUUGAUGAUAAAUAAUGGAUUCUGACUCCUACAGCAUCCUUUUCUCA